AAGGAUGAGAAUGAAGAAUUUCAGAUGUACAACUUACAAGAAAGAAAGGGUCAGACAUACCAAGAGUUUAGUGAACCUGAGGAUGAUGAUUACCUGUAUUGUGAGAAGUGUCAGAAGUUCUUCCUGAAAAGCUGUGCUGCUCAUGGACCCCCAGUGUUCCUAAAGGACAACCCAGUGAAUAAGGGACAUCCUAGUCCGGCUUUCCUCAGUGUGCCCACUGGACUUAGAAUUGGCCCAUCCAGCAUUUCUGAGGCUGGGCUUGGAGUGUUUAAUGAAGCAUCUGAUCUGCCACUGGGGUUGCACUUUGGUCCUUUUGAGGGCAAGAUCACAGAAGUGAAACAGGAAUCCAACAGAGGGUACAGCUGGCAGGUAAGAACCAAGAGGAGAAACAGCUAUGAGUACAUGGAUGGUAAGGAUACUUCUUUGGCCAACUGGAUGAGGUAUGUGAACUGUGCCCGGAAUGAUGAGGAGCAGAAUUUGGUGGCCUUCCAAUACCACAGAUGGAUAUUUUACCACACCUGCCAAGUCAUCAAACCAGGCUGUGAACUUCAAAUAUGGUAUGGGGAUGAGUAUGGAAGGAAGCAUGAUGUUUAUAUUAGGCGAACUUCUACCCACAGUGAAGGAGGCUACCAUUCUUCGAACAUCUUUGCCAUUAGGUUGUAA